AUGAAGGCUCUGGUGUUCUGGUGGGCUGACCCUGUUGCUCGGGCCACGCUGGUGCCCCGCGAACAGGAGCCCCCUUUUAAAAAGAAGCACGCCCGUCGUCGUCGCGACGUCAAAUCCCCCCCCCCGUACCCCCACCCCGGCCCACCGUCACCAAGCCCCUGUGGGGGACCAAGCAUUUUCGAGCCAAUCCCCGCCAAAAACCCCCCCCCGAAAACCCCCAAAGACCCGGCUCACCCCCGGGAGCACGAGAUCUCCGUGCCGCCGUCAAGUGAUUCUGGCCCGUUUGUACCCCUUUUCAGCACGCUGGUGCGGCCGUAUGGGGAGCCCGGGGUCUGCCUCAAGCAAGCCCCCGGGAAUUUUCCCAUACUUUUCCCAAAAGGGGAAAAACAGGGGGCCACUGUAGAAGGGGCCACGUCGUCGUCGUCGCGACUCGAGACCCCCCUCCCGUACUUCCACGCCUGCCCACCGUCCCCAAAGCACCUGUGGAAAACCAACCCUUUCGACCCAAUUUCGACGCAAACCCACCCCCCCCGGGACACCCCCAAAGAUCGAGCUCCCCAACAAGGAAGCCCGAGAUCCCCGUGCCCCCUUCAAUUGGGAUCCCGAAUCAGCGAACUAAAAAUUUUGGUUUUCUGGCGCAUGGGGACCGGAUGCCUGUCGUAA